UCCUGUCAGAGCACAGUCGGCGUUGACGGAGAAGCCACUGUUCACCCAGUCGCCGUAGUAACGUCGGGAAAGCGGAGGUGCAGAUUAGAGAGUCACCUCCAAGCCGCAGCCUGGCGAAGCAGUAAAACACGGCCAACACGCGUCGCUCGGUUCAUGUAACUACAAUGGAUAUAUUUGGAUAUAUAACUUGACGUCGUCUGGGGCAAAAGCCUCGAGCAGAGAGGCGUAUUUUGAACUCUGGACGCUGGACAGGAGCACAAAAAUAACUUUUUUCUUACGUUGUCGUUUUUUAAAUUUGUUGCGCAACAGAGGACACAUUUUCUACGAGUGGUUUAUAGGCGCAGGUGUUGUCUUCGGUUUUGUGAAGCUGUUGCGGCGGACACUAGAGAAACAGCGGCUCGGUGGCCACCUGACCUCGUGGAAAAUAAGACCGCAUCUGAUGACACGCAGCCUGACAUCCUUACGUGGCUCAUUACUAAGCUAACUGGCGGCAGCUCUAAGCUAGGCUGCUCCAGCUCUGACGCACCGCGAAGUUUUUUUCGAAUGCUCUUACUAGUUUGCGUAUCCGGACUUAAUUGCCCGCUGGACCUGUCUGUUUCAUGGGUUUGCCAAGCUAUUUGAAAAAAGGAGCAAGUUAAUCUCCUAUGGCUACAAUCGUCCUCCUGCGGUCGUGAUGCCAGGCGCCGGUCCGUACUCGUGCAGACAGCCAUGAUGCCUGCUCCUUAAGCCGCUCCAGUGUGGCGCCGUCUUGCCGUCACACUGCCAGAAUGAGCAGCACCGAACUGGAGCGCAUGUCCCUCAGCUCUUCGGCCAACUCAGUGGCCUCCAGCGCGCGGACUUUGUCGGUCAAUGUGAGGAAGCUGCACAACGCGCUAAAUCUCCUGCUCAACGACUUCGAAAGGGAGCAGUUCAUCCACUGUCUUAAUGUCUACCACUCCAAACGCAACGUAUACGACCUAGUGCAGACACUCAACGUCAUCCUCAAUGCGCCCAGCAAGCGUCAACUUCUGCCCAUGCUUCGGUUAGUCAUACCUCGUUCCGACCAGCUCCUCUUUGAGCAGUACACAUCGGAGGGCCUAUACUUAAAAUCUGAUGUAGUUGCAAGCAAUGGCAACGCUGAAUCAACCUCGGGCGACUUCCCUAUGGCCAGUUCUAUUCCCCCCGGUCAUUUAUCCCCCAACAACCUGCCAGAACUCCAGGUGGCUUUGCGGGGCUCGCCAGACAGCUUCAGUUCCAGCAGCCACGGUACAGUUCCACUGGUGCCGCUGCUCGGGAGGAACUUUAUUCACGAGCCUCCUGGGGAGCUGCGCCAGGUCAUCAUGAAGCGACACAAGAACAACGAGGGCCUGGGCUUUAGUAUCCGCGGAGGGUCGGAACACGGGGUGGGCAUCUACGUCUCUCUGGUGGAGCCAGGGAGCCUGGCAGAUAAGGAGGGUCUCCGUGUUGGUGACCAGAUCAUGAAAGUCAACGAAAAAGUCUUCGACAAAGUCACUCAUGCUGAAGCAGUGAAGGUGCUGAAGGGCAAUAGAAAGCUGUGUUUGUCUGUGCGUUCAGUCGGGCGGAUUCCUGGUGGCUAUGUCACCAACCAUGUUUAUACGUGGGUUGACCCUCAGGGUCGGAGUGUGUCCCCCCCACCUGACCUGCCGGAACAUCGAAGUGCCACCCUGAAAAAAGCUGAUAGCCAGCGACGCAGCAACAUGCAGCUGCUGCAAGAAGGAGAUGAGAAGAAGGUCAACCUAGUUUUGGAUGAUGGUCGUUCUCUGGGCCUGAUGAUCCGGGGAGGAGCAGAAUAUGCUUUAGGUAUAUACAUCACUGGAGUGGACCAGGGAUCCGCAGCAGAGUGUGGAGGACUCAAGCCUUUGCCUGGUCCGCCCACACCACCUUGCACAGUCCCCCCCACCACACCUCUGUGUUCCCUCCCUUCCCUGCAGGUUGGCGACCAGAUCUUGGAGGUGAACGGCCGAAGCUUCCUGAGCAUCCCACACGACGAAGCUGUCAGAGUCCUUAAGUCAUCGCGUCACCUCAUGAUGACAGUGAAAGAUGUGGGUCGCUUGCCACAUGCCAGGACGGUGGUGGGUGAAACAAAGUGGAUUGCCAGUUCUCAGAUCGCCGAAAGCUCUGCCAACAGCAGCAUAGCAAGCUUCUCCAUGGACCAUGUUCAAGGAGCAUCUGCUGCAGCAAAGUCUGGGUUUUAUAAAGGUGUGGCGGGAUCACAGGUGACUCUGUCCAGUCUGGCCAACCAGUCCCGCGCAAUGUUGGAGGAGCAGGCCCGUCAUCUGCUAACAGAGGCAGAGAGGCAAACCAUGGGCUACUAUGUGGAGGAGUACAGGGAUGGACACAUUGGCGUGGAGCAGUUGGUGAUGGCCCUGUUUGAGCUGCUCAACACACAUGCAAAGUUCUCCUUGCUGUCAGAGGUGCGAGGUUUGGUCACCCCCCAGGAUCUGGAACGUUUUGAUGGGAUGGUUCUUCGACGUGAAAUCCAGGCUCUAAAGGUGCGACAGGGAACAGCUGGAGCCACAGCACUUCAAACGGAGUCUCUAUCCAUUGUGUCGUACCCUGACACUCUGACCUCAUCUUCAGCCAGCUUCAUGACCAACACCACCCUCAGCUCAGCACGGGAAAGACUGCUCUGGCUGAUAGAUAUGAUGGAGAACGACAAUGUGGUUGGAAGUAAUGAAGAAGACCCUCCAGAGAGUCUGAACACGCUACUGACCGAUAUCUCCCUGGAUGACAUACAGUCCACCACUGCAGAACCCCCCCCCCUCUUCAAGCCUCCUCCACCACCUGGGCUACACAGGCGUUCAAGUAGACGAGACCAACUCAACAAAUGCUCGUCAUCUGAAUCCUCCCUCUCAGGCUUGUACUUUACAGCCCCAAUAUCCCAUAAACACAGAAAAGAGCCAGCACACCCCCCUACCUCACCCUCACUACCACACAAACAAAGACCUCCCAGGGACCUAUCUCAAGACAACACGACCAUCAAAAUGUUAUCCAAGAAAGAACAUAUAACAGCUGCGCAGUUGACCACUGUCACCCAACACAACAUGGGUCCUUUCCCCAGGGUCCAGUCACCCAGCAGGAGCGCCAAACCUGCCCCCCUUCCUCCCUCACCUCCUCCUCCACCUCCACUCCCUGCUCCUUCUCUACCCCCUUCGCUGCCCUUUAAGCCAGUUUCUAUGUCCAGAGCAUCCCCUGCCUCGUCUCCUGGCUCUAAACAGCAGUUUGUUACAGUGGAGGUUCACAGGCCCAAUGCAGAACCAGAUGUGAAUGAGGUGCGGCCAUUGCCCCAAGCUCGAGGUGGCGCCCUGUCUCAGCUGUCAGACAGUGGGCAGACCCUCAGUGAGGACAGUGGUGUGGACAUAGCUGAGACAGGACACAUCAGCAAAGACAGCAGCCCCCAGUCCUCUUGCAUCCGCCUCUCCCGGGAAACCCUAGGGGGUGGUGGAGAGAGCCUCUCUAAACCGCCAGGACUGUUGGAGCCCACCUCUACACUAGUGAGGGUGGCAAAGACUGCCAGCACCCUGGGUAUUGCCAUUGAAGGCGGAGCCAAUACACGUCAGCCACUUCCACGAAUAGUUACAAUACAGAGAAGAUGAAGAUCUACUUCAUGAAGUCAGGUCUCCAGACCAGGCACACGCAGAAGCACUGCAUUGCAGAGACUAAUGUGUGGUAUUGUGUGCAAGCUUCAAGGUGUCAAUAGACAGAAAUUGAAUUACAUGGAUAAAUUUUAACUUGUGCUGAAGUAUGACAGGACCUUGGUUGUUAUAUGAAAGAUCUCCAACACUAGUAUGAAAGCUUUGUAGGGUCCCUGACCUACAGAGAGAGCUGAGAUUUUAACUUUGAGAAUACUAAUUUACAGAAAUGAGCUCUCUUUUUAAAAACACAGUUCAGUUUUAAAUUAUAUUUCCAGACCAGCAAAAAUAAACUUUUAUCAUCAUAACAAAAAAUGCCAAAAAUGACACUAUGCUUGUUCAUUUGUUGGCCAUUUCAUUCAUGUUUCUGUUGUUCUGCAAAGAGAAAUGUAUUUGCGCUGGAGCUUGUUUUGCUGUAUUACCCUGUAUCUCUCUUUGAUCACAUAUAUGCAUGAAUAAUACCAUAUUUUAAUCCCGAUCCUGUACUUUUUCUGCCACCAGUUUGAUUUUAUAUACAGUACAGUAAUGCUCAUUCCACUCUCGCAUGUGACAAAUGUGAUUAUUAAUAGAAACAGUAGUCCAAACAUUCAUAUUAAAUGUGUGUCUUCUGCUCUAUACUGUAUGUGAGCAAGUUUCAUUCACAAAAAUAUUGUCACACUACAGAACCUGCUGUGAAAAAUCAGCAGGUGGAAAUGAUUGACGGAAAUGAUGAACUCCAGAUUUAUUCAGAUAAAAAUACAAUACGGGAUUGUAACUUGUUUCACAUCCUUGAGAAAAAAAACAAUAAAUACUGAUAAGCCACUGUGACUACAUCAAGAAUACAAAUAUUUUCUUAGUUCAAUCAAUUCCUGUGUAGUUCCAGAAUAUUGUCUAGAUUUACAAUUUACAGUUGAUAAAGCUCACUUUUUUCGUUUCUUAUCCUC